AUGCUUUGGCGCACCAAAUCCCACCAUAGUCAGAACUCGGAGCAGGACUUGUCCCGCACGACGUCAGCGUCAAAAAAUGACGCGGCCGUAUCGGCAUCUCAGGCUGCAGGCACGGCGUGGUUAGCUGGUCACCUGCACCACUUGACACCGGAGCAGGAGGCAAAGUUAGAAGAGUUUAAGAAAGUAUGCACCGAGCACAAGUACUAUACCCCGGCUGUGAAGGCUGCGGAUGGCGUCGAGACUACGCCGGCGAGUCAUGGAGAUGCGACAAUGCUUCGAUUCCUGCGCGCUCGGAGAUUCGAUGUGGAGGGGGCAUGGGGUCAAUUCAAAGACACCGAGGAUUGGCGCAAAGAAAAUGCUAUUGAGGACCUCUAUGCGAACAUUGCCGUGGAUAAGUAUGAGGCCUCACGACGGAUGUAUCCGCAAUGGACUGGUCGUCGUGAUCGCCGUGGUAUCCCCGUUUACGUGUUCGAAAUUCGUCACUUGGACUCCAAGUCAAUGACCGCCUACAACGACACCAUGAACACGGCCAAACCUGACACCCACCAGAAAUCGUCCGUGCCCCCGCGACUUCUGACUCUGUUUGCGCUCUACGAGAAUCUGUUGAACUUUGUCAUGCCUCUAUGCUCAGCACUGCCACGUCCCAAUCCCGAGACUCCCAUUGUGUCGUCAACCAACAUUGUUGAUGUGAGCGGGGUUGGAUUGAAGCAGUUCUGGAAUUUGAAGAGCCACAUGCAGGAUGCUAGUGUGCUGGCGACAGCUCAUUACCCUGAAACGUUGGAUCGGAUCUUCAUCAUUGGUGCACCAAGCUUUUUCCCAACAGUCUGGGGCUGGAUCAAGCGCUGGUUUGACCCCAACACCACCUCCAAGAUUUUCAUUCUUUCUGCCUCAGAGGUGAAAUCUACUCUGACCUCCUUCAUGGAGCCGAGCAGUAUUCCCAAGCAAUACGGAGGUGAACUAGAAUGGCAGUGGGGGGGAAUGCCCAACCUGGACGCACCAGCCCACGAGCUUCUUCAUAGCCUGGAGCAGCCCGCUGCGGAUGGCUCCUCGAAGAAGGAGUUGCUCAAGGGGCCAAUCUUGUUCAAGGGUGACAAAAUUGAAGUUCUGGGUACUGUUGACGGCACCCCGCGCCGCCAAACUAUCCCUGUCCCGCAGACUCCAGUCUCUGCGCAGACGGCCCAAGUCGCCGAAGACGCUCCUCCCGCACCAGAGAAGGGGCUCGCCGAAUCUGCACAGCAGGUACCCGCGAAUGGGGCCGUAGAGUCAGCGACUGACCCUGUGCCUGACAACGAAAAGGCGGGCUUGGAUGCCGUCUCCGUCAAGGCCGAGGACACCCAGACCACCACCGCCCUCGCAUAG